AAGUGCGCCAAAAUUUGGUUCAUUCGUUGUUCAUCCGAAAAUUUGGUUCAUCCUGCCUCCAUUUAAAAAUUCGGAGUCUUCCUACUGUGCUUUUUUUGAAUCUACGUCCGGCUUUCAUGAGUAACAAGGAAGUCUCACCAUGGCAACGGAUCGCUAUGUAGAUGAUAUGUUUGGUGUUGGCAAUUUUGAUGAUGAGGAAGACGUUGGAGAUAAGCAAGAGGAGCCCGAUGCUAGGCCAGCGCCUGCAAAUGAUACGCUUGUGGAGCAGAUUGAGAAAUCAGCAAAUGAAAGCGAAGAUAUUUUACGAAUUCUGGUUGCUAGUGACAUUCAUGUCGGAUACGGAGAGAACAAGCCAAAUCUCUAUCUGGAUUCUGUAAACACAUUCGAGGAGGUGUUGAAGAUUGCUGUGGAGAAGAAAGUUGACAUGAUACUUCUCGGUGGUGAUCUUUUCCACGAGAACAAUCCAUCUCGUGAUAUGCAGCAUCGCGUCAUCCAGUUGCUUCGUCAAUAUUGUCUCAAUGAUAAAGAGGUAGCUCUGGAGUUCGUAUCGGACGCGACCGUGAAUUUUGACCACAGUCAUUUCGACAGGGUCAACUAUGAGGACGCGAAUAUCAACGUGGGUUUGCCGAUCUUUUCCAUACAUGGUAACCACGACGAUACUGCUGGAAAGGGUCUAACAAUUCUCGACGUCUUGCAUGAAGCCGGUUUGGUCAACCUUUUUGGCAAGUUUGCCGACAUUGAUCAAUUUGAUGUCAGUCCAAUCCUGCUUCGGAAGGGCUCGACUCGGGUCGCGCUUUUCGGUAUUGGAAGUCAAAGGGAUGACAGACUGUGUAGAGCUUUCGCAGGGCACACCAUAAAGUUCCUGCGGCCGCGUGCAGGUUACGAUGACUGGUUUAAUAUUCUUGUUUUGCAUCAGAAUCGUCCUAAGAGAUCUACGCAUCGAUCUACGGGUGCUUAUCUGCCAGAACAAUAUAUUCCAACCUUCUUUGAUCUUGUGUUAUGGGGACAUGAACAUGAGAGCAAGCCGCAUUGCCAAUACGUCGCAUCAUCUGAUGCAAUGGGUGACGGAUUCUAUAUACUGCAACCUGGUUCCACCGUAGCAACAUCGCUGACGAAAGAAGAAGCAUUGCAAAAGAAUGUAUUUCUGAUCAAAGUCAAAGGACGGAAGUUUCAAUGCAAACCCAUUCCCCUACAGACUACCCGUCCCAUGCUGGUCGAUGAGAUCAUUCUUGAUACCUUACCGGACGGUGUGAGGUUACCAGCCAAUGGUAUAAGACCCGCUGGAGGAGGUUUUGUUUUGGACGAAAUGAUAGUCAAUGAGAAAAUAGAGGAGAUGAUUCGGGUAGCAGGGGAAAGUCGCGGACCGCAACAACCUAAACUUCCUCUCCUACGCUUAAAAGUCACUUAUGCUGGAAAAUGGGCCCAAAUGCAGCCUGUCAAUGGCCGCCAUAUUGGGGCAAAAUAUCAAGAUCGCGUAGCAAAUGCAGCUGAAAUGAUUGUGACGAGAAGGGUCACCGAAAGGAGGAAAGGGCAUGGAGGUGCGAGUAUUGAGGAAGAUGCGUUAAAUGCUGCUGUGGAUGCUGCUUGCCUUGAUCAAGUGAUAUCCGAGUACUUUGAUAAGCAACCGUGGGAAGAACGUCUUACUGUAUUCACGCAUUCGACAAUUGGUAAAGCAUUGACCGCAUUCGACGAGGACGACAAAGUUACUGCGACGAAAGCAAACAAAGAUUUUAGAGCGGCGUUGGAGACCGCUCGCGAUUCGAUGAGAUCGAAACUGAAACAAAUGCCUGGACCAGAAAUAGAAUUUGAUAAGUAUGGAAAUUUGAAAGCGGACGACUUUGAAAUGGUUGUCAGAGGUGAUCUGAACAUGUUGAAAAGGCAAACGUAUGGAUUACAAAACACUAAACGCAAAGAUCAAAGCAUGGAUACUGAUGCUUAGCUUAGCAGUUUCCUUUCUUCAAUGUAUCGAAUGUAAUUAUUGGACGUUCAGAUCAUGUAGUGUUCCUCCAUCUGCCCAAGCAAUGUCGAAACUAAACAAACCGCUCUACUUGUCCCAUCAUGAACCUCAUUAGUGGCAAAAGACUUUUUUUUUCUA